AUGUCCAUCCCCACCGAGCUGCACCUCCCCUCCUCCGCGCAAGCGACCACCUCUGCGUCGUCCUCCACAAACGCCAAUGCAGGCCAGCCGACGGUGCAGAGCGAAGUCAAGAGGUUGACGGACAAGCGCAAAGGCGUGGAGGAGCAGUUGGAGGCGUACUUUGGUGUGCUCAAGUCGAACAACUGCACGAUGGACACUCCCCUCGUCGACCGCGAAGGCUUCCCCCGCUCCGACAUCGACGUCGCAAGCGUCCGAACCGCACGCGUCCAAAUCAUCCGUCUGCGAAACGAUUUGAAGGAUGUGUUGGGUGAGAUGGAGGGGCUGGUACAUCGGGGGUUGCCGAGAGGGGAGGAAGGGGCGAAUGGAGCGGGUGAGGAGGAUGAGCGGAAGCAGGACGGGGAGGAGGAGGGGGAUGGAGUGAAGCCGUUUGCCAAGGUGGAUGCGGUCGCGCCUGGUUCUCCGGCAGAUGCAGCGGGCCUGAAACGCGAUGACCUCCUCCUCGCGCUCGAAUCGGUUGUCGCCUCGAACCACGACAACCUCCGCGCUGUCGCAGCGCUCGUCGGGCGGUCGGAAGGCGUCGCUUUGAGCGUUACGGUACGGCGGGAAGCGCAGACGAUGAGGCUUAGCUUGACGCCGAGAGAGGGAUGGGGCGGACGGGGGCUGCUAGGCUGCCACAUCGUUCCUUACACCGCAUGA